AUGAAGUACUACGAAACAGGCAGUAUCCGCCCCGGGGUAAUCGGAGGCUCCAAACCAAAGGUUGCUACACCCAAAGUGGUCGACAAGAUCGCCGAUUACAAACGCCAAAACCCCACCAUGUUUGCCUGGGAGAUCCGGGACAGGCUCCUGGCUGAGAGAGUUUGUGACAAUGACAGCGUCCCCAGCGUCAGCUCCAUCAACAGGAUCAUUCGGACCAAGGUCCAGCAGCCACCUGGUCAAACGGGCCCAGUACCGACUCACAACUUAGGGACGUCUGUGGCCGCCACGCCAGUCUCCGUUGUGACCAGCGACUCAGCUGGCUCUUCGUACUCAAUCAGCGGCAUCCUGGGAAUCAGCUCAGCUGCUGACGUGGGCAAGAGGAAGAGGGAUGAAGGGCUAUGA